UACCCAUAAUAGACGAAGUUUCAUUUGAUGAUUAUGAUAUUUGUGUGGCUGGAGUAAAUGGUUUGAUGAACUGCGGUUACAUCGAUUUUCCUCUUGUGUACAUUGACACGGUUGGUCACAAGGGUGAGACUUUUACUGGCAGUAGGAAGUGUGAAAUUAAGGACAUUGAAAUUUACAGUUUACAGUAAACUAUAAUCACAUAUAUCAUAAAAAUAUACUAUGUCAAUAUAAAUAUUAUUCAUUGUUAUUUAUUCAGGAACAAAGGAAAUUUAGAAACUAAUUUACAGCAUCACAUACUCCAACUGGAAUAUUUUCAUUAUUUCAUCUUGUUUGCUCAAGGUAAACCUCAAUUAUCAUAUAUCCUUCAGUACAGAAUUUUACGAGCUAUAAUAUGGUGUAGACGAAAAGUUUUAGAAUUAAAAGAUAAUUUGACAACAUUGUUUCAAUUACAAGAGCGAAAUAUUAUGCUACUGAAUUCGUUGAUUAUUGCUGUCGCUAUCUUGUGUGAACCAUUCGUGACAAAAACAAAAAAGUUAGAUGAUUUUGUUGAGCGUGUAGCAAAAUUAACAAAUUUUUAA